UUUUCCCGAAAUAUUACCACAAUAUGUCUAUACAAUACUGUAAAUACCGCAUUUAUUAUACUGAAGUACGAGUUGGUAUUGAUCCGCAAACAGAUACUUAAACGGGAGGGUAUUAACGGCCGAUGGGCGCUAAAUGAUUUGCUUAAAAAAUUUCGGGACGAUUUUACCGAACCGGUAAAACUAUUAUUGCGCGGCCAGUCGUCCACGUCGUUGUCAUCAUCAGCGGUCGCCGGCAGCGGCGUCGGCGGCUUUCAAACAAGUCAAUCAAUUGCGGCCAACACUAGCGAUAACGAUGGCGACGAUGACAAAAGUGAUACGUCGACAUCGGUCGUGACAAUAACUCCCCGCCGAUCGGACAGUCCUACUGAUACGUACUACUCGACUACCGGUGAUGUUGAUGAUCAUCACCACCAGAAUCUCAUUGAUUUUAAUUACAAUACAAAUACAGAUAAUAAAUCUUUCGAUGAAAACAAAAUGAUUACUAUAUGUGCUGCCGAGUAUUACCGACUAAAAGAAACGGAAGACAAAGCACUGACAUUGGAACUGAAAGCCAAGGACUUGGAGGACGAACUGAGCGAAGUCUAUGUCAAACUAAUUCAAUUGACAAAAUCCAAGAACCAAAUGGAUCAGUUGACCGAUCGAUUGAAAACUGAACUAUACUUUAUGGCCGCACAGAAACAGUCGUCGAUAAAGUUUCGCAGUAGUAGUAGUAGUAGUAAUAAUGUUGGUGUUGGCGGUGGUGGUAGUGGUGGUGAAGGAGGAGGACAGGGAGGCUCUUAUUAUUAUCAUCGCAAACCAAUUCCGACCAAAAGUCUAACAUCAUAUAAGCAACGAUUAGGUUUGCAUUUAACCGCAUCAACGGCGGCUAAUAAAUUGUUUCAACGAUCGCCGCCAAAGUCGUCGAAACAGUCGCCUAAUACUACUGGAUCUACUGGAACUGUAACCGUUAGAAGACAACAACAACAGCAACCAAAUAUUAGACCCAUUUAUCAUAAUAAAAAAUCGGUACCAUUUGUUGAAUAUUAGUUGUUAACAAUUGAUUACCGUUUUGUUAAAAAACAUUUACCCGUAAACCCGCACA